CCCACAGCCGUUGCGAGGCAACCAGAAGAUUUCGACGGCGAGCAUGCCGCCCAUGAACACACUUUUAUGGGGUUAUGGUCCCCCAUUCAUGCCGUCAAUACAGUCAGCACCGUCAGUUGACUACAGUAGUAUUCCCGUCACCAUCAAUCCAGUCGUCAAUACUGGACAAGCCAGCUUACCAGCGGAGGCUGCAGACAAGAAGCUCUCGACACUGACCAUCGAAGGAUUGUUUGAGGUGUUCAGUAAGGUCGAGGGCCUCUCUACUACACUACCCAGCUAUAAAGACCGCUUCCUGGAGAACAACAUCAAUGGCAAGGUGUUAUUGCACUGCGACCUCGAUGAUCUGAAGAAGGUACUGAACAUGAACUUUGGAGACUGGGAGUUGUUCCGUGUACUUGUACUGGGACUACGUGAACGAGAGCUGGAUGAUGACUAUGCCAUCAAGAACGUGAGGUUUGCCUCCACCACCGAUGGUCACCACCAGCUUGGCGGUGGCGCUGGUGGUGGCGAGGAUGUGCCGGACGAUACCGCCGAGGGCAGUAGUCUGACCAGCACGGUGACGGGUCGUUCAUACGCCGGGGGUCAAGUCGGGCAUCGUCCGCCUACAGCAGUAACAAAGAUCGUGAAGAGUGCCACGGUUCAGUGCGAAAACUUACUAAGCAGAACCUACUUGCCAAGCAGGCAUCGCUAAGUGAGGAGCGGCGGGAGUUGCACACCGACAGCGAGCGCCGUAUACCAACGGUCAUGGGGCCUCAGCUGUGGGUUUAACACCAUCAGCUGUGGGUUUUAACGUCAGCUGCGGGUUUAACAACAACCACUGCAAUUUUUAACAAUGUCAUCUGUGGGUUUAACACUGCCAGCUUGAAGAAGAUCACCGGCACACUGGAAACAGGUCUAACAAGCAGAGGUUGUGCUUCAUGGUGUUCCCUCACAGAUGGUGGCAUUUGUUCACCAUCCAGCAAAUACAAAGCCUGUGCAGCAAGAAGCUUUAUUAUAUGAGGUUUCACCCACUUGAUAAAGCCCCAUUGUGGGGUCCAGGCAAAUAUAACCCCACUGUGGGAUUUAGGUUAAUCAAGUCCCACUGUGAAUUUGACCUCAAAUAAUAAAGUCUCUCUCUACUAUAAACAUUUUUCAUGUGCCAGCUGUCUGCUUCCUUUAUUGUUGACCCUAAUAUAAAGAUGUCUCUUACAGUAAACCAUUGACUUGAGGGACCUCCAUUUAAAACACUCUGAAUAUAGGUUCGUGACAAAAAUCAGUGGUAUGGUUUGUUUGCAAUCGUGAGUCACAGUCAUCAGCAACAACCAUCCACUGCCUCUACCUGUCCUUUGAAUUGAUAAUUUGCUAUUAACAAGCUAUACAGGUGUGUUUGGUGUUGUACUCACCUAAUUGUGGUUGCAGGGGUCGAGACUCAGCUCCUGGCCCUGCCUCUUCACUGAUCACUACUAGGUCCUCUCUCUCUCUGCUUCCUGAGCUUUGUCAUACCUCAUCUUAAAGCUAUGUAUGGUUCUUGCCUCCACUACAUCACUUGCUAGGCUAUUCCACUUCCUGACGACUCUAUGACUGAAGAAAUACUUCCUAACAUCCCUCUGACUCAUCUGAGUCUUCAGCUUCCAAUUGUGACCCCUUGUUUCUGUGUCCCCUUUCUGGGACAACCUGUCUCUGUCCACCUUAUCUGUUCCAUGUAGUAUUUUGUAUGUCGUUAUCAUGUCUCCGCUGACCCCCCUGUCCUCCAAUGUCGUCGGUCUGAUUUCCUUCAACCUUUCUUUGUAGGACAUAUCUCUGAGCUCUGGAACUAGCCUUGUUGCAAACCUUUGCACUUUCUCUAAUUUCUUGAUGUGCUUGACCAGGUGUGGGUUCCAAACUGGUGCUGCAUACCCCAGUAUGGGCCUGAUGUACACAGUGUACAGUGUCUUGAACGAUUCCUUACUAAGGUAUCGGAACGCUAUUCUCAGGUUUGCCAGGCACCCAUAUGCUGCAGCAGUUAUCUGGUUGAUGUGUGCCUCCGGAGACAUGCUUGGUGUUAUGGUCACCCCAAGAUCUUUCUCUUUGAGCGAGGUUUGCAGUCUUUGGCCACCUAACCUAUGUUCUGUCUGCGGUCUUCUUUGCCCUUCUCUGAUCUUCAUGACUUUGCAUUUGGCAGGGUUGAAUUCAAGAAGCCAGUUGCUGGACCACGUGUUCAGCCUGUCCAGGUCUCUUUGAAGCCCUGCCUGAUCCUCAUCUGAUUUAAUUCUCCUCAUUGACUUCACAUCAUCUGCGAACAGGGACACCUCUGAGUCUAUCCCUUCCAUCAUGUCAUUCACAUAUACCAAAAAUUGCACUUGUCCUAGGAUCGACCCGCUUGUCACAGGUGCCCACUGUGAUACCUCAUCCCGUACCAUGACUUGUUGUUACCUCCCUGUCAGGUAUUCUCUGAUCCAUUGCAAUGCCCCUCCUGUUAUACGCACCUGAUUCUCUAGUUUCUGCACUAAUCUCUUGUGAGGAACUGUGUCGAAAACCUUCUUGCAGUCCAAGAAAAUGCAAUCAACCCACCCCUCUCUCUCAUGUCUUACUUCUGUAACUUUGUCAUAAAACUUCAGAAGGUUUGUGACACAGGAUUUGCCUUCCAUGAAUCCGUGCUGGUUGUCGUUUAUAAUCUUGUUCCAUGUGUGGGUGUGUGGUUGUAGGGGUCGAGACAUAGCUCCUGGCCCUGCCUCUUCACUGUGUGUGUGGUGGGGUGUGUACUCGCCUAUUUGUGCUCACCUAGUUGUGGUUACAGGGGUCGAGUCACAGCUCCUGGCCCCACCUCUUCACUGGCCACUACUUGGUCACUUUUGCCGCCCCAGGAGCUUUAGCAUACCUCUUCUUAAAGCUAUGCAUCGAUCCUGCCUCCACUACAUCACUUCCCAGGCUGUUCCACUUUCUGACAACUUUGUGACUGAAGAAAUACUUUCUAAGAUCUCUGUGAUUCAUCUGAGUCUUCAGCUUCCAACUGUGACCCCUCGUUGCUGUGUCCCAUCUCUGAAACAUCCUGUCUCUGUCCACCUUGUCAAUUCCUCUCAGUAUUUCAUAUGUUGUUCUCAUAUCCCCCCUAUCUCUCCUGUCUUCCAGUGUUUUGUCAGGUCGAUUUCCCUUAACCUUUCCUCGUAGGACUUACCCCUUAGCUCCGGGACUAGUCUUGUUGCAAACCUUUGCCUCUUUCUCUAGUUUCCUUACAUGCUUGGCUAGGUGUGGGUUCCAAACUGGUGCUGUAUAUUCCAAUAUGGGCCUAACGUACAUAGUAUACAGGGUCCUGUAUGCUACAGCAGUUAUUUGGUUGAUGUGUGCCUCAGGAGAUGUGCCCAGUGUUAUACUCACCCCAAGAUCCUUUUCCUUGAGUGAGGUUUGUAGUCACUGGCCCCCUUGACUGUACUCCAUCUGAGGUCUUCUUUGCCCUUCCCCAGUCUUUGUGACUUUGCACUUGGUGGGGUUGAACUCCAGGAGCCAGUUGCUGGACCAGGCCUGCAGCCUGUCCAGAUCCCUUUGUAGUUCUGCCUGGCCCUUGUCGGAUUGAAUUCUUCUCAUCAACUUCACAUCAUCUGCAAACAGGGACACUUCAGAGUCUAUUCCUUCUGUCAUGUCAUUCACAAAUACCAGUAACAGCACUGGUCCUAGGACUGGUCCCUGUGGCACCCCACUCAUUACAGGUGCCCACUUUGACACCUUGCCAUGUACCAUGACUCGCUGCUGUCUUUCUGACAGGUAUUCCCUGUUCCAUUGUAAUGCCUUACCUGUUAUCCCUGCCUGGUCCUGCAGCUUUUGCCUUCUUACAGUCCACGAAAAUUCAGUCUACCCACCCCUCUCUCUCUUGUCUUACUGCCGUCACCCUGUCAUAGAACUCCAGUAGGUUUGUUAACCAGGAUUUCCAGUCCCUGAAACAGUGCUGGCUGUCAUUAAUAAGCUCAUUUCUUUCUAGGUGCCCCACCACUCUUCUCCUGAUAAUCCUCUCCAUGACCUUGCAUAUACUAUACAUGUCAGUGACACUGGUUUGUAGUUUAAUGCUUCAUGUGUGUCUCCUUUUUUAAAAAUUGGGACUACAUGUGCUCUCUUCCAUACUUCAGGUAGUCGCCCUGUUUCAAUACAUGUGUUGAAGAUUGCUGUUAGUAUUACACAUAGUGCCUCUGCUGUCUCUCUCAGGACCCAUAGAGAGAUGUUAUCCGACCCCAUCGCCUUUGAGGUAUCUGGGUCACUUAGCAGCCUCUUCACUACUUCCUCGGUUGUAUGUAUUGUGUACAACACUUGAUGGUGUUCCCCACCUCUCCGUGUUUCUGGAGGCCCUUCUGUCUCCUCUGUGAACACUUCUUUGAAUCUCAUGUUGAGCUCUUCACAUAUUACACUGUCAUUUCUUGUGACUUCCCCUCCCUUCCUUCCUCAACUUGAUUACCUGGUCCUUCACUGCUGUGUCACUCAUAUUGUUUUUGGGCCUCCCUUCUUACCUUUGCAUAUUCAUUUCUGGCUCUACGACUGCUCUCCUUAUUUCCUGGGUCCUUUCCCGUCUAUACUUCUUUCAUUCUCUAGCACACUUUGGUUUUGGCCUCCCUGCACCUUGGGUGAACCAAUGGCUCAUCCUGGCUUUUUCAUUAUUCCUGUUACCCUUGGGUGCAAACCUCUCCUCAGCUUCCUUGCAUAUUGUUGCCACGUAUUCCAUCUCGUUUACUGACUUAUCUGCCAGUUCUCUGUCCCACUGAACCCUGUGCAAGAAAUUCUUCAUGCCUGCGUCGUCCCCUUUCUUGUAGUUUGGCUUCAUGCAUCCAGCCCUUCCUGCUUAUCUCUCCACUUGUAAUUCUACUAUGUAUUCGAAGCUCAGAACCACGUGAUCACUGGCCCCAAGGAGUCUUUCAUAUGUGAUGUCCUCAAUAUCUGCACUACUCAAGGUGCAUAGUAGGUUCAAUCUCACUGGUUCAUCCUCUCUCUCUCUCUCUCUCUCUCUGGUAGUGUCCCUUAUGUGCUGGUACAUGAAGUUUUCCAGUACCACCUCCAUUAUCUUAGCCCUCCACAUUUCUUGGUCUCCAUGUGGCUCCAAGUUCUCCCAAUUAGUUUCCUUGUGGUUGAAGUCACACAUGAUCAGCAGCUAUGCCCUGCUCGCAUGAGCUCUUCUGGCCACUUCGGCCAGUGUGUCAACCAUUACUCUAUUACUCUCGUCAUACUCUUGCCUUGCCCUCCUGCUGUUCAGUGGUGGGUUAUGCAUCACUGCAAUUACCACCUUGGGACCUCCAGACUGAAGCAUUCCUAUUAUGUAAUAUCUUGCAUCUCCUCUGUCUUCUCUCUCCAGCUCAUCAAAAUCCCAUUGGCUUUUGAUGAGCAGUGCCAUUCUUCCAGCCCCUCUAUUCCCUUUGUUUUUUCUCAGGAUCUGAUAUCCCAUUGGAAAGAUGGCAUCUGUUAUCAUCCUUGUGAGCUUGGUUUCUGUGAAAGCUCUGAUGUCCGGUGAUGCCUCUUUGACUCCUUCACACCACUUCUCCCACUUAUUCGUUAUUCCAUCAGAGUUGGUGUACCAUACCUUCAGCUUCCUCUCCAACUGUGUUUUGGGGGGUCUGUGAGGGUGUUGGACCUGGCAGUGUGCUGCAGGAUUCUACAGCAUAGUGUGGGGGUGGAGGAUGUAAGUGUGGAUUGUGUUGGGAUAGCAUGUUUGGUUGUGGGGUUCUGGGGGUGGUUCUGUGUGUGCUUGCUCCUAUUGCUCUGCCCUGCUCUGGUUGUCCUCUGCCAGUUGUGUCCUUGUCUCUCUUCCUAGCCCCUUUCACUUUUGUGUUCUCUUCCUCAGCUGCUGUCAGACAAACCCCUACUCCCACCAACUGAAACAGCACACAGACACAGUGUUUUCUUCUCCACCAUAGGAAAGAAUCUAGCGAGCAAAAUCCCAAGCUCAAACACCUGUCCAUCAGACUACCUUACAGGCACCUACCCGAAUAUGCUAUUCCUAGCCUGAACCAACCCAACAGAAGUCUUGCUCAUCAUCAACACCCUUAAAAACAAGACAGGGGACAUAAAUAACUGACCACCUUUUAUGUACAAAAAAGCAUCACAAGUACUGUCACCAAUUAUUGCAAAACUCUUUAUCAAAUCCAUUGAAUCCUCCACCUUCCCAGCAAUUCUCAAAAUAGCGAGGGUCAACCCAGUCCACAAAGGAGGUGAUCAAACCGACUUGAGUAACUAUAGACCAAUAUCUAACCUACCUCUGCUCUCUAAGAUCUUUGAAAAAUUAAUUCAUGGACAGAUCUAUUCCUACCUUGUCUCACACAACACUCUAAACCCCUGUCAGUUUCGAUUCAGGACUAAUAAAAGCACAAAUAAUGCUAUUAUACACAUGUUAGAACUAAUAUACACCACUCUUGAGAAGAAAGAAGUCCUGCUGGGAAUCUCCAUUGAUUUAUGUAAGCAUUUUGAUACAGUUGACCAUGCUUUGCUGCACAUUAAAUUAACACACUAUGGUAUAAGAGGGCACUCUCUCAACUACCUAAAGUCAUACCUUAGUAACAGAAGCCAAUAUGUGUAUGCAAAUGGAGCAAACUCUUCCACUCAACCAAUGACAGUCGGUGUCCCACAAGGAAGUGUCCUUGUCCCACUCCUGUUCCUCAUUUACAUCAAUGACCUACCGAAUGCAUCACAGCUACUCAAACCCAUAUUAUUUGCAGAUGACACAACAUACAUUUUCUCUCACCCAAACCCAGUCAUACUGGCUAACACUGUUAAUGCUGAAUUGCAGAAAAUAACUACCUGGAGGAUGACAAAUAAGUUUACCCUCAAUACUGACAAAACCUAUUAACAUAACACUAAAUGGAUCACCCAUCACAAGACUCACAGAGGGAAAAUUCCUAGGAAUCCACCUUGCCAGUAGCCUUAAAUUCCACACACACAUACAUUAUUAUUAUAAUCAAAAAGAAGCGCUAAGCCACAAGGACUAUACAGCGCACACACACAUACAACAAAUUUCUAAGAAAAUUUCUAAGACAGUGGUCAUACUAUCAAAGAUAUGGUACAGUACUAUGGUUCACAAUCAACUCUCCUUGCUCUGUAUCAUUCACUCAUCUACCCUUAUCUCACAUAUGGAAUUUGUGCAUGGAGAUCAACAACAUUAAAUCACCUAAGACCACUAAUAACCCAGCUAAAGGAUGCAGUCAGAAUAAUAACAAAUUCCCACUCCCGACAGCAUACUCCAACAGUAUUCAAAAGGCUAAAACUGCUCACAGUUAAGAACAUCCAUACUGAUUCAUGUGCCUACUACAUACAUAGAGCACUACACUUAAACAUAAACCCUCCACUCAAACUUCUCACCAACCUUAACAGGAUACACAACCACAACACAAAACACAGAUCUCUUUUUGAUGUACCUGUGUCCAUAUCUCACUGUGUAAAAACUCUGUACACAUAAAGGGCCCCAAAAUUUGAAAUUCGUUACCAAUAAAUAACCAAAGUAACCCGGUCUGAACACCAAUUUAAGGCUCUUCUCAAAAGUCACCUACUCACCCUAAACUAAAUACUCAAUACUCAAUAUUUAACUUUACCAAAAAUCUCCCAAUUACCAAAAUAUUAAAACUUCAAAACUAGACACCCAAGGUUCAUAUAUUAUUAAUGUAUGAACCCAGAACAAUACUGUCUUACACCCAUUGUAACAUUCUCAUACUGUAAACUACUUUCAACAACUCACAAUAUUAUAUUCCCAUAAUAUAAUUUCAAUGUUUAUUAUUGAAACUAUUGUAAUUAGAGUAAAAUUACUGUCAACUAUAAAUAAAAAAAAGAUGUACAACUUAAACAAACUAUGAUCACUUUCUUUAGUAUUAAGUAGUCUGUAAUCCAUUAAAUAAGUCUGCUCAUAAUGCCUGGGCAUGACAGUGGCUCUUGGCACUGCAACUCAUUACUGUAAUUUCAUAAUUUCAAUGUAAUCUUGCAAAAAAAAAAAAAAUUUGUUUGUUUUGUUCUGUCUCGGUCUAGAAACACUCUCCUGUAUGCAGACGAUUCCUUUAGCCAUGGUUUCUCUUGCGUGUGUGUGUGUGGGUGUGGGUGUGGGUGUGUGUGUGGGGGGGUGUACUCUCCUAAUUGUACUCACCUAAUUGUGGUUGCAGGGGUUGAGACUCAGCUUCUGGCCCUGCCUCUUCACUGACCGCUACUGGGUCCUCUCUCUCUCUCUCUGCUUCCUGAGCUUUGUUAUACCUUGUCUUAAAGCUGUGUAUGGUUCCUGCCUCCACUACAUCACUUACCAGGCUAUUCCACUUCCUGACAACUCAAUGACUGAAGAAAUAUUUCCUAACAUCCCUGUGACUCAUCUGAGUCUUCAGUUUCCAAUUGUGACCCCUUGUUUCUGUGUCCCAUCUCUGGAACAUCCUGUCUCUGUCCACCUUAUCUAUUCCACGCAGUAUUUUGUAUGUCAUUAUCAUGUCUACCCUGACCCUCCUUUCCUCCAGUGUCGUCAGUCCGAUUUCCCUCAACCUUUCUUUAUAGGACAUUCCCCUGAGCUCCGGAACUAGCCUUGUUGUGUACCUUUGUACUUUCUCUAAUUUCUUGAUGUGCUUGACCAGGUGUGGGUUCCAAACUGGUGCUGCAUACUCCAGUAUGGGCCUGACAUACACAGUGUAUAGUGUCUUGAACGAUUCCUUACUGAGGUAUUGGAACGCUAUUCUCAGGUUUGCCAGGCGCCCAUACGCUGCAGCAGUUAUCUGAUUGAUGUGUGCCUCUGGAGACAUGCUUGGUGUUGUGUGGGUGUAGGUGUGUGUGUGUGUGUGGGUGUGUGUGGCUGUGUACUCACUUAUUUGUACUCACCUAUUUGGGGUUGCAGGGGUUGAGUCAUAGCUCCUGGCCCACCUCUUCACUGAUUGCUACUAGGUCCUCUCUCUCCCUGCCCCAUGAGCUUUAUCAAACCUUGCCUUAAAACUAUGUAUGGUUCCCACCUCCACUACAUCGUUUUCUAGGCUAUUCCACUGCCUGUGUGUGAGUGUGUGAGUUAGACUCACUACAAAUACUCUACAAGACUCUGUAGACUUCAAUAAACAGUUUGUAUUGACAAACUUGUAUCUGUUAUUGCAAGAAUUUAUGGGGAAUGUAUGCCAAUAAAUUGUUGCUGGAGAGUCAGUGUGCCCAUGACUGUAUAUAGUCAGCUCCCUUAUUAAGCUUUUCUCUAUGUAAUCAACUCUCUUAUAAAGCUCCUCCAUACACACUCCUCUCUUUCUUAUUGUAUAAUUUAUUCUCAAUAUAAUUGAAGAAGUUGACCCAUAAUUAAACAGUAAAGGUAAAGCUCCAUCAGAGUCAAUUGCUAGUCAAUUCUGAAUCAACUCCUUCAAUCACAUUAAAAGAAUAAAUAUUACACUGUGUAGAUGACCCAUAUAAAUAAUUCCCAUCCUGCACAGGGUGUUUCAAAACGAUGACCCAAUUUAGUGCGUAUUGCUUUGAAAUUGGCCCCAUCAGUUUGAAACACCCUGUUCUUUGGGGAGACAAGAAAGAAAAUAAUGCAAGAGGAAUUAUCAGGUGACAAUGGUGAACACUGAUGAACAUGUGUGUGUUGAAUACUUGUGCAUUGUACUGUGGCUGGAAUAAUAUUAGAAAGUACAUUAGUUACAAUAUUGUUGUUUGAACAAUAUAUUACCCACAAUAAUGUGGCUGGAACAGUAGUAAGAAGUACAUUACCCACAAUGCUGUGGCUGGAACAAAGUAUUACCCACAAUACUGUGGCUGGAACAAUAUAUUAUCCACAAUACUGUGGCUGGAACAAUAUAUUACCCACAAUACUGUAGUUGGAACAAUAUAUUACAGUACUGUAGUUGGAACAAUAUAUUACCCAUAAUACUGUGGCUGAAACAAUAUAUUACCCACAAUACUGUGGCUGGAACAUUACCCACAAUACUGAGACUGGAACAAUAUAUUACAGUACGGUAGAUGGAACAAUUUAUUUCCCACAAUACUGUGGCUGGAGCAAUAUAUUACCCACAAUAUUGUGGCUGGAACAAUAUAUUACCCACAAUACUGUGGCUGGAACAAUACAUUACCCACAAUACUCUGGUUGGAACAUUAUAUUAUUCACAAUACUGUGAUUGGAACAAUAGUAAGUACAUUACCCACAAUACUAUGAAUGGAACAAUAUAUUACAAUACUGUAGUUGGAACAAUAUAUUACCCACAAUUCUGUGGCUGGAGCACUACAUUACCCACAAUACUGUGAUUGGAACAAUAGUAGUCAAUACAUUACCCACAAUACUGUGGCAGGGACAAUACAUUACCUACAAUACUGUGGCUGGAACAAUACAUUACCCACAAUACUUUGGCUGGAACAAUACAUUACCCACACUACUGUGGCUGGAACAAUACAUUACCCACAAUACUGUGGCUAGAACAAUACAUUACCUGCAAUACUGUGGCUGGAACAAUACAUUACCCACAAUACUGUGGCUGGAACAAUACAUUACCUGCAAUACUGUGGCUGGAACAAUACAUUACCCGCAAUACUGUGGCUGGAACAAUACAUUACCCACAAUACUGUGGCUGGAACAAUACAUUACCCACAAUACUGUAGCUGGAACAAUACAUUACCUGCAAUACUGUGGCUGGUACAAUACAUUACCCAUAAUACUGUGGCUGGAACAAUACAUUACCCACAAUACUGUGAUUGGAACAAGAGUAGUAAGUACAUUGCCCACAAUACUGUGGCUGGAACAAUACAUCACCCACAAUACUGUGGUGGGGACAAUACAUUACCCAUAAUACUAUGGCUGGAACAAUACCCACAAUACUGUGGCUGGAACAAUGCAUUACUCAUAAUACUAUGGCUGGAGCAAUACAUUAUCCACAAUACUGUGGCUGGAACAAUACAUUACCCACAAUAAUGUGGCUGGAACAAAAGUAGGGAGUACAUUACCCACACUACUGUGGCCGGAACAAUACAUUGCCCACACUACUCUGGCUGGAACAACACAUUACCCACAAUACUGUGGCUGGAACAAUACAUUACCUACACUACAGUGGCUGGAGCAACACAUUACUUACAAUACUGUGGCUGGAACAAUACAUUACCCACAUUACUUUGGCUGGAACAAUGCAUUACCCACGCUAUUGUGGCUGGAACAACACAUUACUUACAAUACUGUGGCUGGAACAAUACAUUACCCACAAUACUUUGGCUGGAACAAUGCAUUACCCACACUACUGUGGCUGGAACAACACAUUACUUACAAUACUCUGGCUGGAACAAUACAUUCCCCACAAUACUGUGGCUGGAACAGUAUAUUACCCACAAUACUGUGAUUGGAACAAUAUAUUACCCACAAUACUGUGAUUGGAACAGUGGUAGUAAGUACAUUACCCACAAUACUGUAGUUGAAACAAUACAUUACCCACAGUAUUAUAGUUGGAACAAUACAUUCAUACUUUGGUUGGAACCAUACAUUACCCACAAUACUGUGGCUGGAGAAAUACAUUACCCACAAUACUGUGGCUG